UCAGCCGAUUUUCAGUGGCGAGCUGUGAGCUUGCGCCGAGGUUGUCCCCCUCCUCUUUGAAAGGUCAGGGGGAAUUUGCCUUCCCUGAUUUCAGCCUGCAGUCCAGAGCCGGGGGCACCACCCCCCACCGGUUGCAGCGACAAGGUGCUUUGCACCGAAGGGAUUUUCUCUCCUUUGCAAGCGUGAAGCCAGGGCAAAGGACAAAAAGGAAAGCUGGGAACUAGUUCUACAGGGGCUGCGCCAGUAAACUGGAGCCCGGAUGACUGCGGAGCAGAAAGAGAGCCUGCGGUGCUACAGGCAGUACAUUGAGAAGACACUGAAUCCUGCCUAUGUGCUGGGCAACAUGAAGGAAUGGCUCUCUGAUGGUGCCAGAGAGAGAAUUCAGAUUGAGGAACAGAAGGAGGGGCUGACUGCUGCUGCGGCUCUCUUUGUUGACGCUAUACUGCAGCUCGAAUCAGAAGGAUGGUUUCGGGGAUUUCUAGAUGCACUGAAUGAAGCAGGUUACACUGGUCUGAGGGAAGCAAUUGAAAACUGGGAUUUCCAAAAACUUGAGAGCCUGGAGGUGCAUCGACAGCUGCUGAAACGUAUAGAAGCUACGAUGAGAGACAUUGAUGCAGAACAGAUAAUUCCUUACAUAAACACUUGUCUCAUAGACCGAGAAUGCGAAGAGAUUCGGCAGGUCAAAGAACUGAAAGGCAGAAUGGCUGGUGCCGUAAAGCUCACUGAAUGCCUUUCUAGGUCCGACAAGGAAAACUGGCCCAAAACCUUUCAUCUGGCUCUAGAACAAGCAGGAUAUGACCGAGCAAGCAAACUGUGGAAUAUGAAAGAAGGUAACGAUAAAGAGAUGGAUGUUGAAAUGAUGGAGGACCAGAAUGGGAACAGUAGUGCCUUCGACAUAAAUGUACAGUAUUCCGAAGAAGCAGAAGUUCACAAUUUCAGUGAAAGUCCGUGUUCUCCUUCAGAAGGGUCUCAACAACCUACUUAUGCACCAAAGAAGGCUAGAAGUUAUCAGAUUGAGCUUGCCCGGCCUGCUGUCAGUGGGAAAAAUACAAUCAUAUGUGCUCCUACUGGAUCUGGGAAAACCUUCGUGGCACUUCUGAUUUGUGACAAUCAUCUCCAAAACAUGCCCAAGGAACAGAAAGGGAAGAUUGUCUUUCUAGCUACUAAAGUUCCAGUAUAUGAACAACAGAAAAAAGUCUUCACGCAACACUUUGAAAGAACUAGGUACAAAGUUGCGGGGAUUUCUGGGGAAACGGCUGGGGAUGUCUCUUCAGCAAGUGUCAUUGAAGGGAAUGAUAUCAUUGUCUUGACACCUCAGAUCCUUGUGAAUGGUCUCAAAGAUGGAACCGUUCCUUCCCUUGCCAUUUUCACUUUGAUUAUAUUUGACGAGUGCCACAACACCACUGGGAAUCACCCCUAUAAUGUGUUGAUGACCAGCUACUUGAAUCUUAAAUUUGACUCCGCUGUGAAACGGCUGCCUCAGAUUGUUGGCUUAACAGCCUCGGUCGGCGUGGGCAGUGCCAAGACCCUCGAGGAGACGAUAGAAUACAUCUGUACCCUCUGCGCCUGCCUCGACAUACAAGUCAUAUCUACCAUCAGAGAGAACACACAAGAACUGGAGGAGAUUGUAUACAGGCCCCAAAAAUCUUUCAGACUAGUCGGGAAGCGCCCCAAAAACCACUUUAUGGCCAUUAUCUCAGUCCUGAUGUCUGAAACUGAGGCCCUGGCAAGCAAGAUUUACCCAAUAGAUGCAUUGUCCCACAUUAAGAGUAAACGUUUAGGAACGCAAUGCUAUGAACAGUGGAUCGUUGACACUCAGAAGAAGUGCAGAAUGUUGCAACUGCCGGAUAAGGAAGAAGAGAGGAGGAUUUGUAGAGCUCUCUUUAUUUAUACUGAACACUUACGGAAAUACAAUGAUGCCCUCAUCAUCAACGAAGAUGCACGGACUCAGGAUGCGUUGGCCUACUUGACUGAAUUUUUCAAUGACAUUAGAAGUGGAGGGUUUGAUGAGAUAGAUCAACAGUUAACAGCGAACUUUGAAGCUAAACAACAGGAACUGAGAGAGGCCUCAGUAGAUGAGCUGAAUGAGAAUCCCAAACUGGAGGAGCUCACCUUCAUCCUGAAUGAAGAAUACCGCCUAAAGCCAGAGACCCGCACCCUUCUCUUUGUUACCACAAGAGCUCUAGUGUCUGCUUUGAAGAAAUGGAUUGAUGAAAAUCCUACACUCAGCUACCUAAAACCGGAUGCGUUGAUGGGGCGUAACAAAAGAAACCAGCAGACAGGGAUGACACUCUCAAAUCAAAAGGACGUACUGGACUCAUUCAAAACCAACGGCGACAGUAAGAUACUAAUAACUACAGCAGUCGCAGAUGAAGGGAUUGAUAUUGCUCAGUGCAACCUGGUUCUCCUCUAUGAAUACUCUGGCAACGUCACCAAAAUGAUCCAAGUCCGAGGUCGUGGAAGGGCAAAAGACAGCAAGUGCAUCCUUGUGACAAGCAAAAGCGAAGUGGCUGAGAAUGAGAGAAACAAUAUCUAUAAGGAGGAGAUGAUGAACAAAGCCAUCAAGCAGCUGCAGGAGUGGGAUGAGGAAAAGUUCGCAAGGAAGAUAAAUGACCUGCAAAACAAGGAAAAGACACUGCGAGAUUCCAGAAAGAGAGAAAUAAAACAAAAGCCCCUGGAGGGCAAUAGACAAUUGCUCUGUGGGAAGUGCAGAGCAUAUGCCUGUAACACAGAAGACAUCCGGGUAAUAGAGAAGUCUCACCACACCGUCUUAGGUGCCCUGUUUCGGGAACGUUUUCUAACAAAGCCUCACAAAAAACCAAGCCGCUAUGACCACUUUGAGAAGAAAUGUAAAAUGUCCUGCCGGGACUCCAAGUGCCAGCAUGACUGGGGCAUCACAGUGAGGUACAAGGCAUUCGAUGACCUCCCAGUGAUCAAAAUUGAAAGCUUUGUGGUGAAGGAUAUUACAACUGGGAAACUCGCAGUUUUCCGGAAAUGGAGAGAGGUGGAUUUCGCAAUGAGGGAAUUUGACAUUAAUGAAAUGUCUAGCACAGACUGACUUCUACAGAAUCUCCAACGAUGAUGGUAGAACUUCAUUCGCACUCAGCGACUGGUUGCCUUGCAAGCAGAUAGAACUCUACAUUCCCCACUGCCGACCAGAGAGCUUCUUGUGGGGAUCACCGUCCUGAGGCUUUCUAAGGCUGCACCACAGGAUGAUUUAAGUAGGCUCUCCU